AUGAAGCAGCUAUGGUGGGUGGUUUACAUCAUCGACACUGUGCUCGUCUAUCUCGUCAUUCCCUUUCGCGAUCUUCUUCUACGAGAGCGACCAGGAGAAGACUGUGACACAAAGGGUAAAGAACGCCCUCUUGUGGGUGGUGAUACUCCUCACAGUCUUCUGCCUCCUCUUGGGAAUUCUCUAAGUGUGCAGCUUAUACGUCUGGAUCUCUGGUUAAAACUACGUGGUCUGUGUGUGUUCCCGACGUACGUGAUCGCAUUAUCAAUACUCUUCACGGAGGCGACUGACUUAGCCAAGAGCUCCAACGUGCUAAAAAAGGUGACUUUGGGUCUCCAACGCGAAGAAAGAGGUGGGAAGAAAGGACGAAAGCUUCGGAAAAAUGUGAAGAAAGUCCAGCAGGAGCUUGUCUUUUUGGAAGAUGAUGUUCAAGCUCUGAAUGCAGGGAGAGAAGACUUGCUAGGAACUACCCCAUUUGCAAUCUUUUGCUACUACUUCGUCAUGUCUGUCAUAUCUGGAGAGAUGCAUCUGGGAAUGAAGCUUUUGUUUCUUUCCAUUCAUCCAAUGAAGUAA